ACAAGUGCAGUCCUUUAAUCAAUUACAAUUGAAGUGCAUUGCACCAGGGUAAACAUUUAAAUGCAAAUGUUUUUUAAAGUAUAGCUACAAGACAUGAAAUGGUUUGUGCUGUUAAUAUGAUACUAGUGUCAUAUACAAGUUUUCAAAUUUUUUCAGUUUAUCCAAUUUUCAGUUUACCAUUUAUUUGUAGUUUUCUAUGAAAAGUGUAAAAAGCGGUGAGAUUCAAGGCCAAAGAGUCCCUUCACAAACCGUUACAUGAAAGUUUGUAGCAGUUUGUUCCUGUCUGGUGUUUAUGGAGGGGGCUCAGCAUCUAAGACUAAUAUUGAUAUGUACUAUAUGCUCAUGUCUCCAUAACUUCAGUUUGGUGGCAGGGUGCAAAAAUGUCUUGCAGGAAAAAAAUUCUUGAAAUUACAAAGAAAAACCGUAUGAGACUGUAUUUUACAGCUACUACAAGAAAAAAAUACAUGACAAUUUUCCACAGGAUGAAGUAAACCAAUAUUUUAUGAGGUGGUGACUUUGUAUGAAUUUGCAUCAUGUUAAUCAUGCGAAAACAUUCUUUUUAGAUUAGAAAAAGUGAAGGUCUACACAUUAACAGUCUUAAACAUGUCUAAACAGAUUGUACGAAAAUGUAAAAAUGUGAUUGUAUGAAUUAGUACAAAUUCGCCACCAAUUUGCCAAAAUGUAAAUGCUGUGAGAUUGAUUUUUUUAUUUUUAUUUUUUCCCGCUAUAAUGCUGCAUCAACAUCCAGGACUGGAACUAACCACUUUUUAAUAAUUGAUUAUAAUAAAUAUAGUAAUGCCCAGGGUGCUUUACAUCGAUUUUUAAUUUAAUUACAUUAAUUAAAUUUAAUUACAUCGAUUGUAAUAAAAUUGGAUUGCCUUCUUCAUGACCCACCUCUUAUGAUCUGAAAUCCAACAGAAAAGCAGCCCGGGCCGCUGAUGGACAUGAAGGCAUGAUGCUGCAGGAGUGGAAAGAGUCACUUAUCCGGGUGUGAAGAGGGUGUGCAGUUACUAGAAGAGUUGACAAAAGUCUUCACUGUCCAUACAGAGUCCUCCCACCUAAACCCAGCUACGCCUGCCUCUCUCACUCAGUCUCUCACUUGCUCUCUGUGUUCUUUCAUUAACGUGAGCAGAAGAGUCCGGCCAGGAACCAUGGGCAUCUGCAGCAAUUACAGUGGUUUAUCUCGGCUCGUCUUCAUUGGCGCUCUGGCCAUCUGCAUGGCUUUUGUGCAGUCAGAAACAGUUGCUGAUUCCUCCCCUACACUGCAGAAUGAUAAUCAGGACACACUAUCUGGCGCUGGAGGCUACGAUGUGACAACAAAAGUCCCUUUCCAAGACCCCACAGAAAACGCCUUCACUUUUGAUUAUGAGGAUGGUACACUCUCAAUAACUCUGGAUGAGGAGGAAGGUAAAGUUAUACCACUGAAAAUUGUGCUGGGGCCAGGUGCUAUCACAGCUAUCGUCAUCGCCGUGUUCCUCGGAGCCUCUGUUCUUCUCGCUCUCAUUGUUAUCACGCUCAGAAAGUUCACUGCCUCUUAAGAAGGGACAUUUAUGUUCUCAUUUCCUCCCUUUCUCAAUCCCAUCUCUUCUUUUUACUCUCCUCUGAACUGUAUUUUUAAGUGUCUCAUUGGUGGCAGGCCCUUCAUGAAAUGGAUGCUCUUUACUGAGGCCUGUUUUGUGAUUUCUUUCUCCUAUAAAACUCAGGCUAAGGCUGAACAAAAGGGUAACUGCAAUCAAGAGAAAUUUUGGUUGCAUUUGUUCGGUGACCAUAUAAUCAUUGUUGAUAUCCUCUUGUAAUAAGGUUUAGAAUGAAAUAUUUAAAGAAGGUAGAAUUAUUAUAUUAAAGUCACAUUUUAAGAUAUCGUUUAUUACCAUCCAUGCGCAACUAGUUUUAUUUUGUUUCAUGCUGUAUUCUAAAGUAUACUAAGUUCCAAUGUUCUUGGCAUUCUAGCUGAUUUGUGUAAAAUGAUCAUGUCCUUUAGCGUUUAAGAUAAAGUGUGUGU